AUGCUGACACAAGAUACCUUACAAACCAAAUUACAAGCACAGAUUCCAGAGUUUUAUCAGGCUAUUAUCACAGACACAUCUAAUGGAUGUGGACAAUCAUUCGAUGUUGUUGUAGUCAGUGACGCUUUUCUGGGGAAAAACAAGAUAGCUCGUUGCAGAAUGGUGAACAAGGCGCUCUCUGAUGAGGUUGCACAAAUACAUGCAUUCAGUUCAAAAUGCUACACCGUUGAUGAAUGGAAACAACUUUUGAGUAAUUAG